GAAAAACAUGUAACAUUUACUUUGAGCUUAAGACCAAAACCCACAAGACAUUUUUUCCCAAAAUGUCGUAUGUUAAGUUGCAGUUGCAUGAUAAGGGCAAUCAUGUGGUGAUGGAUAAUGGCAUUGCACGGGUUACAUUAUCUAAGCCUGAUGGAAUUGUUACCGGAAUCGAGUAUAAUGGCAUCGAUAACUUGCUCGAGGUUCUUAAUGAAGAAGUCAACAGAGGGUAUUGGGAUCUCGUUUGGGGAGGAUCAGGAACAGCUGGCGGCUUUGAUGUAAUCAAAGGAUCAAACUUUGAGGUCAUAGUGAAGAAUGAAGAACAGAUUGAGCUUUCUUUCACAAGAAAAUGGGAUCCAUCACAAGAAGGCAAAGCAGUCCCUCUCAAUAUUGACAAAAGAUUUGUUAUGCUUAGUGGAUCGUCGGGAUUCUACACUUACGCUAUCUACGAGCAUUUAAAAGAAUGGCCUGCUUUCUCACUUGCUGAAACCCGAAUUGCCUUCAAGCUCAGAAAAGAGAAGUUUCAUUACAUGGCAGUAACGGAUGAUAGGCAGAGAUUCAUGCCAUUGCCUGAUGACCGGUUACCGGACAGAGGCCAAGCUCUGGCUUACCCUGAAGCUGUUCUACUUGUUAAUCCUUUAGAGUCUCAGUUCAAAGGAGAGGUUGACGAUAAGUACCAAUAUUCGUGUGAAAACAAAGACAUUACUGUCCACGGAUGGAUAUGCACAGAGCAGCCAUCGGUUGGUUUCUGGCUCAUAACUCCUAGCCAUGAGUAUCGAACCGGUGGACCUCAAAAACAGAACUUGACAUCUCAUGUUGGACCCACAGCUCUUGCUGUAUUUAUUAGUGCACACUACACAGGGGAAGAUCUAGUGCCAAAGUUUAGUGAAGGAGAGGCAUGGAAGAAGGUGUUUGGACCUGUUUUCGUCUAUUUAAACUCGUCUACUGAUGAUGAUAAUGACCCUCUUUGGCUGUGGCAAGAUGCUAAAUCUCAGAUGAAUGUGGAAGCAGAGAGCUGGCCUUACAGUUUUCCAGCUUCGGAUGAUUAUGUGAAAACAGAACAACGUGGUAAUGUUGUUGGCAGACUCCUCGUUCAAGACAGGUAUGUAGAUAAAGAUUUCAUUGCAGCCAAUAGAGGUUAUGUUGGUUUGGCUGUGCCUGGAGCUGCUGGUUCAUGGCAAAGAGAAUGCAAGGAGUAUCAAUUUUGGACAAGAACAGAUGAAGAAGGAUUUUUUUACAUUAGUGGUAUAAGGCCAGGCCAGUAUAAUCUCUAUGCAUGGAUUCCUGGUUUUAUUGGUGAUUAUAAGUACGAUGAUGUUAUCACAAUCACCUCAGGUCCUCAUUUUCUUUCUUGCUUUCUAUUAACUCCCCAAAACAUUUUUUUGUUACAAUUCAUUAUAUGCGCAGGAUGUUAUAUAUAUGUGGAAGAUCUUGUUUAUCAACCUCCAAGAAAUGGAGCAACAUUAUGGGAAAUUGGUUUUCCAGAUCGAUCUGCUGCAGAGUUUUAUGUUCCCGAUCCUAAUCCAAAAUAUAUCAACAACCUUUAUCAAAAUCACCCUGACAGAUUCCGGCAAUAUGGUUUAUGGGAAAGAUAUGCAGAACUUUAUCCGGAUAAAGACUUGGUAUAUGUAGUUGGCUCUAGCGACUAUAGAAAAGACUGGUUUUACGCUCAAGUCACUAGGUGUUUCUCAUCAUCUCUGGCGUGAUCAUUUCCAUUUCUUGAAUUUGAGCUCUUCUCUAACCAUAUUGUUACAUUUUCGUUUCAUAGAAAAAAGGAUAACAAAACAUAUCAAGGAACAACAUGGCAAAUCAAAUUCGAACUCAAAAACAUUGAUAAGAAUCACUCCUAUACUUUACGAGUAGCCAUAGCAUCCGCUACUUUUUCUGAACUCCAAAUACGUGUGAACAAUGCGAAUGCAAGCCCGAUGUUCACGAGCGGAUUGAUCGGGAGAGACAACUCGAUAGCGAGACAUGGAAUACAUGGAUUGUACUGGUUGUUCAAUGUGGAAGUGGCUGGUUCUAAGCUUCUAGAAGGCGAGAAUACAUUGUUUCUCACACAGCCAAGGUCCACAAGUCCUUUCCAAGGGAUCAUGUAUGAUUACAUCAGAUUCGAAGCUCCCAGCUAAUCAAAUUUUCUUGCAUAAUUCUUUCAGAAACUAUAACAAAAUUUGCUUAAAAAUGUUGUGUAUAUGCGUUUCACUUUCAAUAAUCCUUGUUCUCUAUUAUCUUACUUAAACAUCAUUAAUUUGACAUAGACAAUAUAUAAAAGCGACCAUGUUAUUUCAUAAGAGACAAGUGAGAAAAAAAAACAAGA